UUUCAAGAAAUGAAAAAUCAACAUUUCUCUCAACGUUUCGGGUAGGUGUUACAUAUAAGUCAUAAGCACGUGGAGGAAGGCGGUGUAAAAGAAGAGCAAGAAUCACUAAUCAGCAUUGGGGUCAAUUUAUUGUGCCGCAGGUCUUCGUGGGUUGCGGGCCAAACGGCCCAAACCCAGCAGUACGAGUAUCUUUUUGGUGUUCGGCAAUGGCAUAGUUCCACCAACUUACCUAACUACUUGGCAUAGUUAGACAAAAGAUUCUGCAACGUAAUUGCCCAAAUUGGAUUUCAGUUUCUAACACUGUCUUCCAUAAAGGUGAUGGAUAUGGACAAAGAACAAUUUCUUAAAGAAUUUGGCAAAGAUUAUGGUUACUCAGAUGGUCCCAAAGUUAUUGAUGAAAUUCGAGCCACUGAAUUCAAGAGAUUGGCUAAUGAAACUGUGUAUCUGGAUCAUGCUGGGGCUACUUUGUAUUCUGAGCUACAAAUGGAAGCAAUCUUCAAAGAUCUUACUUCUAGUGUUUUUGGAAAUCCCCACAGUCAAAGUGACUCCAGCACAGCUACUUCUGAAAUAAUAAGAGAGUGUCGUCAGCAGGUCCUGGAUUAUUGCAAUGCAUCUGCAAAAGAAUACAAAUGUAUCUUUACUUCUGGAGCAACGGCUGCUUUAAAGAUGAUUGGAGAGGCUUUUCCUUGGACCAGUCAGAGCUGCUUUAUGUACACAAUGGAGAAUCACAAUAGUGUCAUAGGGAUCAGAGAAUAUGCGUUAUGUCAAGGAGCUGCUGCUAUUGCUGUCGAUUUAAAUGAAUUUGUGGAUCUAGACACAACCUCCAUUGAGCAGAAAACUUUGUUUAAUGUUUCGCAACAUACUAUACAGAGGAGGAAUGACAGUGGAAGCAAGGAAGAUGUUGCAGGCAAUCCAUGUCAUUUGUUUGCCUUUCCAUCAGAGUGCAACUUUUCUGGUGUGAGGUUCAAUCUUGACUUUGUAAGAGCUAUCAAGGAGCAGUCAAAUGGAAUGUUUAAGGAUAAAAUGCUGACCAAGGGUCGCUGGCUUGUCUUGAUAGAUGCUGCCAAAGGAUGUGCAAUGGAACCUCCCGAUUUAACAAGAUAUCCUGCUGAUUUUGUUGCUUUAUCAUUUUAUAAGAUAUUUGGCUAUCCAACUGGGCUUGGUGCUCUCAUUGUUCGAAAUGAAUCUGCAAAGUUGCUGAAGAAAACUUAUUUUGCUGGAGGAACUGUAGCUGCGUCAAUUGCUGAUGUGGACUUUGUCAAGCAUAGACAUGGAAUUGAGGAAUCUUUUGAGCAUGGAACUGCAUCUUUUUUAAGUAUUGCUUCCAUUCACCAUGGCUUUGAAAUAGUGAACACGCUUACUAUUUCUGCAAUCUCUCGGCACACUUCAUCUCUUACAACAUAUCUGAGGAGAGUACUGUCCAGCUUGAAGCAUGGUAAUGGAGCAGAUGUGUGCAUACUUUAUGGAGAUAGCAGUAUGAUGUCCGAGAAGAAGAGAUCAAUGGUUUCAUUCAACUUAAAAAGGCCAGAUGGCUCUUGGUAUGGCUAUCGAGAGGUGGAAAAGUUAGCUUCUCUAUCUGGAAUUCAGCUGCGGACAGGAUGUUUUUGUAAUCCUGGAGCAUGUGCGAAAUACCUUGGCCUUUCUCACUUAGAGCUCCUUUCAAAUGUUGAGGCUGGCCAUAUCUGCUGGGAUGAUUUUGACAUUGUGAAUGGAAAGCCAACUGGAGCUGUUAGAGUGUCUUUUGGUUACAUGUCAAUUUUUGAGGAGGCUAAGAAACUAGUGGACUUCAUAGUAAGGUCCUUUGUGGUACUGCCAACUCCAGGGAGAAAUAGAUGGUCACUACAGGAUUCUAAUGCUACCAUGAUCAAAGGCUCAGAGAAUAUGCACAAAACCACAAACGUGUAUUUGAAGUCCAUAAGUGUAUACCCAAUAAAAUCGUGUGCAGGAUUCUCUGUUGAUAGUUGGCCUUUUAGCAAAACAGGACUGUUACAUGACCGACAAUGGCUUCUAAGAAGUCCAAGUGGAGAAAUCCUUACUCAGAAAAAGGCCCCAGAAAUGAGUCUUAUAAGUACAUAUAUAGACCUGAACCAAGGUAUCCUGUUCGUCAAAUCACCACGUUGCAAAACAGAGCUCCAGAUUCCCCUGAAAUUAGAAUCAUAUUUUGGUGAAGCAGAAGAGAUAGGCUUACAUGGCCACAGAUAUGAUGUGCAAUGCUAUAACCAGGAAUUCAACAGUUGGUUUAGUGAUGCAAUUACUCGUCCAUGCAUUCUCUGGAGAUCCUUGGCUUCACAUUGUUAUCCAAACAAGCAGGAAAAUGCAGGCAUGUGCAGGGAUAUGCGGAGUUCAUUAAGUUUUGUCAAUGAAGCCCAAUUCUUGCUAAUAUCUGAAGCAAGUGUUACGGAACUCAACAACAGAUUAAAAUCGAAAUCAUCUCAAAUUCCGGAAGCACCAAUCGUUCAGGUUCCGCCAAUGAGAUUUCGUCCGAACCUUGUCAUAUCCGGAGGCAAGCCAUAUGAUGAAGAUCUAUGGAGAGGAGCCCGAAUCGGGAGCAAAUAUUUUACUUCGCUUGGAGGGUGCAAUCGCUGCCAAAUGAUCAACUUUGAUCACCAGUCCGAACACGUAAAAAAAACAAGUGAGCCGUUGGCAACUUUGGCAUCAUAUAGACGAGUGAAGGGAAGAAUUUUGUUUGGAAUAUUGCUGCGAGCUGAGAAUAGCAGUCUGGAAGAUGAGGAUUUGGAUACGUGGAUAGCAGUCGGGGAAAAAGUAUAUCCAGAUUUGUCAUAGGGAAGAAAACCCAGGUUGGUUACAAAACUCAGGGUGCACCUUUAUGAUACCCUUAUACAUCAACAAACAACAUCGAUUACCUUAACGGAAUUUCUAUAGGCAGCCAUAUCUUCAUGGCACAUUUGUUUAUUUUAGUCUCUCGAGUUUUACUCCCAAGAUCGACUUUGUUGCAUAAAAUAAGCCACCGUUUUACGAGUAUCUGAAAGCAUCCAUUAGACACAAUUGCAUUAGACAACACAACCUAUAUAGGCAUACAACGCGAGGUCCAAAUAAAUCAUAAGUUUUGUUGUGUAGAUUUGAUGUAAAUGGUUAUAGUUCAUUGAUGAAAGCUUAGAGUUGUAAGUGCUACAUAGAACUACACUUCAUGUAUGUAUAUGUAAACAUGUAAGUUAUAAACAAAAAGUAGUAUGACAUUUCCUAUUUCAUUGUAGGGUUUUUUAAAUGUUGUCUUUCUAUUCAAAUACAUUGGAUAAUUUUUGU